CGGCGAUACUUCCGGGUAAAUUUGUUGUUGAUGUCAACAUGGCGUCCCAGUGCAGUCUCUCUACACUUUUUCCUUUACAGAGUCAGCUUGAAUGUGAUUUAGAUGAGGCUACGACUGAAGAUAAGGAACAACUUGUCCAUCAGUAUCUGAAAAAAUUAGACGAUGGGGAGGACAUGAAGACGCCCGAUUUCCACCCAGGUUUAGAGUGGCUGAACACAGAGGGGCCUCUGUCUUUGAACAAGGAGCUGGCCGGUAAAGUGGUGCUGCUGGACUUCUUCACUUACUGCUGCAUCAACUGCAUGCAUAUCCUGCCUGAUCUGCACCAGCUAGAGAAGAGACACUCUGUUAAAGAUGGAUUAGUGAUUGUUGGCGUGCACUCGGCCAAGUUCCCCAAUGAAAAAGUCCUGGACAACAUCCGCAGAGCCGUGCUCCGCUACAACAUCUGCCACCCUGUGGUGAACGACAGCGAGGCAUCGCUUUGGCACGAACUGGAGGUCUCCUGUUGGCCCACGCUGGUCCUGCUGGGACCUCGUGGAAACUUGCUCUUCUCCCUGGUGGGUGAAGGCCACCGCGACAGGCUGAUGCUCUUCACCGACAGCACGCUCCGGUUUUAUAAGGAGAAGAGUCUGCUGAAGACUCACUCUGUGGGGAUCAAGCUGUACAAAGACUCUUUACCUCCCAGCAUCCUUUCCUUUCCGGGGAAGGUGGCUGUUGACAGGAGCAGCCAAAGGCUGGUGAUCGCAGACUCAGGGCAUCACAGAAUUCUGGUGGUGUCUUCUACAGGUCAGCUGCUGCAUACCAUCGGAGGAUCUACAAGAGGAAGACAAGAUGGUAGCUUCUCUGAAGCCUCCUUCAGCUCCCCUCAGGGCGUUGCCAUCAAAGAGGAUGUUGUGUACGUGGCCGACACAGAAAACCACCUGAUACGAAAGAUUGACCUCUCACAGGGACGAGUCAGCACUCUAGCUGGAGUUGGUGCUCAGGGGACAGACAAAGAGGGUGGAGCCAUGGGACCUCAGCAGCCAAUCAGCUCUCCCUGGGAUCUGACUCUUGGCACAGCUGGCAGAGCAGAGGACAACGUGCUGUGGAUCGCCAUGGCAGGGACCCACCAGAUCUGGGCUUUGUUCCUGGCGGAUGGAAAACUGCCCAAAGGAAGCGAGUCCAAGGCAGGGAUGUGUGUGCGAUGGGCCGGCAGCGGCAACGAGGAAAACCGAAACAAUGCCUACCCUCACAAGGCGGGCUUCGCUCAGCCCUCAGGGCUGGCUUCUGCCCCAGAAGAACCCUGGAGCUGCCUGUUCGUGGCCGACAGUGAAAGCAGCACCAUCCGCACACUGGCUCUGAAGGACGGAGCCGUCAAGCAUCUGGUCGGAGGAGAGCGGGACCCGCUGAACCUUUUUGCUUUUGGGGAUGUUGACGGAAAAGGAGUGGACGCCAAGCUGCAGCAUCCUCUCGGCGUUGCCUGGGCUGCUGAACAAAAGCUGCUCUAUGUGGCCGACUCCUACAACCACAAGAUCAAAGUGGUGGAUCCAAAGACAAAGCUGUGUAGCACGUUAGCAGGAACAGGGGAGGCGGGAGACGCUCUGGGCCCAGAAUUCAACAAAUCUGGCUUCAACGAGCCUGGAGGACUCUGCAUCAGUGACAACGGGAAGCUUCUUUAUGUAGCUGAUACCAACAACCACCUUGUCAAAGUGCUGGACCUGGACACCAGGACUGUCUCUGUGUUCCCUGUCUUCGGUGAGUGCCUGGACUCGGCUCCUUCAAAGACUUCGGCUGCUACCAAAGUCCCAAAGCUGCCUAAAUCAGCUGUCAGGAAGGAGCUGUCACUGGUGACGGCAUCUGCAGGACAGACUGUCAUCAUGUCACUUAUGAUCUCACUUCCAGAAGGAGCCAAACUCAACAGAGAAGCACCGAGCUGCUGGGCGCUCUCGUCCGAGGGUAACGACUGUCUGCUGGAUGGUCAAGCGACGACUGGAGAAAUCUUGGAUCUCUCGCAGCCUCUCUCUGUCUCAGCCAGACUUCCAGCUGUCCUACAGAAUCCAAACGCCAGCUUCACGCUAAGCGUGUGGGUCUACUACUGUAUGGAGGGGGGAGAGGCCUGUAUGAUGAAGGCAGCAUCCUUUCACCAGCCUCUUCUUCUAAACAGCAGUCCUGGAGGGGGAGAAGUCACCGUGGCGCUGCCUCUCAUCAUCUAAAACCUUCCAACCACUCAGCAUUGAGAUUUACACCCAUGUUUGCUCUGUUUACAACAUUGAAAGAAGACGAAUUGGUUUUGAGAGUUUCUUGAAUGAAAUGAAAAUUGAAUUUCAGGCUCCUCAGAUGCUCGUGCUAUAGCAUACAAUACUACAGUACUGUGAUUUAUUAGCCUGUAAAAGUAUUUGCAUUAUUUUUUAGGCUGAUACUUGAAGUUUAUAAUAAUAAUAAUAAUAAUGCAUAAAAUGCAGCAGCCUGUUAACUAUGAAUUCUAUAACAGCGGCAGGCUUAUGGAUCAAUACUAGGAGAACUUUCCCUCAUGUUAUGGAGACUGGAUGAACACGGAUCAUAAAAGAUGUUUUCUGGAUUCAGUAGAAAGCCUGAUUAGUUUUAACAGCAGGUGGUAGAGAUGGACUUCCUGUUGGUUUAUUGUUGAAGAUUUACUCAUUUCUACAACAAGAAAAUUAACUUUCAGAUCUGGUGAAUAGAAUAUUUUUCUACAACUUCAAAGAAGUCAUUUCUGAACAGUUUCUGAAUCAAUUUCCCUCAAAAGCAUAAUUUCUUUUUCAUAAAUUCCUUUCUGUUCCAACUUCACCAAAAGAACUCAGUCAAAAAGAAAAUGUUUAUUCCAGCUGGUGUUUAAUUCGGUUUUAGUCUGUAUUUGAAUAUGAAAGCUCUGAAACUAUGAUUUAUACUUCAUACAAGAAGACCAUUACAAUAAGAAAGCAAAAGUAUUCGGUGUUUUAUUCAUGUGAAGGGAGAAAGAAUAGAGGCUGAUAUGAGUGUCAUCCGUCUGUUCUGUGGGGUUAAGGAUGCUUAUCUAUGCAGAGACUCAUGUUUAUGAAAUCACACUGGAGAAUAUGUGUUUGUUGCAUAUUUUAAGAGUUUGGGAUGGUGCCUUCAGGAGCUCCGUCUCCCAGGUGUGUGUUUCCUGUGUGCAGCUGAUCAUACUCUUAAUUCUUGCAGACCUGUUUGAAUCAGACUGUUGUAAAAGUUCGAAGUGAUGACUAAGCUGCCUGUUCUCGAUAAGGUUGGACUGAUGACGCCGAGCUGGAGUUAAAAUCUCACCGCCGUGCUUGAACAAAGGGAACACGACAUCAAAUACACGCUCCACCAGCGAUGAUGUGGAUCCUCCUCAGAGCUACGAGUUGUUUAGUUCAUCUUUCUGUUUGAUGAUGUUUGUCACCCUCAUAUUUAUUUCAGAUGACUUGGUCCAAGUGCCUCGGGGAGGGGGUGGAGUCUGUGUGGAUGGCGCUUAUGAAGCAACAACAUUACUGUUCUGUAAUGAAAGGAGCUGUAUUGAAAUGAAAUGCACACGUUCAGUCAGCGCGCCGCCCAGCCCCCCCAAACUAUAAUGGCUUUGUUUUGCUUUUUAAGACGCCUGUCCCCGGUAGGACCUUGUACAUGCAUUGUCUUCUUAAUGCAUCACAGCAAGAAAACAAAUCUAACUAAUAAACAUAUUUAUCUACUCCA